CAAAAUUUAUUCAUAUCAAUACCGUAUAUACCUACAUAAUAAAGCUAUCAUUAGUAAAUUACAAUCAUACAAUGUUUUGAUUUUAACAAAAUACUAAAAACCAAAGAUAGUGUAUUUGAAUCCUACUAGACUUAACUUAAAGGUAACAAAUAUGUCUGAAUCGUACGAAUAUCUUUUCAAAUUUCUUGUGAUUGGAAGUGCAGGCACAGGAAAGUCAAGCUUAUUAAAUAAUUUUAUCGGAAAUAAAUUCAAGGAAGAUCGAUGUCACACUAUUGGUGUUGAAUUUGGUUCCAAAAUUGUGAACAUCGGUGGCAAAUCAACUAAGUUGCAAAUAUGGGACACAGCUGGACAGGAACGGUUUCGAUCUGUGACCAGAUCAUAUUACCGCGGCGCAGCAGGAGCUCUGCUAGUGUAUGAUAUUACAUCUAGAGAUUCAUUCAAUGCUCUUGCUAAUUGGCUGAGAGAUGCUCGCACUCUUGCAAGUCCUAAUAUCGUAAUUUUGCUUGUGGGCAACAAGAAAGACUUAGAAGAUUCCAGAGAAGUAACUUUUACUGAGGCAAGUCAGUUUGCUCUUGAAAAUGAAUUAAUGUUUUUAGAAACAAGUGCUAAAACAGGAGAAAAUGUUGAAGAAGCUUUUCUGAAAUGCUCGAAAACAAUUCUAGCUAAGAUUGAAACUGGUGAAUUGGAUCCUGAAAGGAUAGGUUCUGGUAUUCAAUAUGGCACAAAUACUACAAAGAGAUUGACUGCUCCAAAGAGGCCAGCUAGAACCCCUUCAGAAUGUGCUUGCCGUGUUUAAAUUAUUCUUUGUUUCAAAUAAAAUUGUAAAUAAAUCAUCCCAAUAAAAAAUUCAGUACACUCAAGUUUCGAGAUAUACUAGUAUUGUAAAAUUCUAUCUAUUGAAGCUUUAUUUUAAUGCAAAAGUUAUCAAAAUGUAUUUUGAAAAUUUCUUAUUCAUGAUAGACUCCAUUUUUUAAAGUUAUCAACAUUUCUUAAAUUACAAUGUUUAAUCAUUAUAAUUACAUACAAAAUUAUUGUUAUUUAUUAGUGAAAUCUGGUGAAGUUCUACUCUGCCCUGCUAAUUGUUUGAAAACUCUUUUCUUGAAACUACAUAUUGUGUAGUUAGUUAACCUAUCUGUGUCUGAAUGACAUAGGAACAUUCAUUUUGAUUAAAUUCCGUAAACUGAUUUUAACAAAACAAGAAUUUUUAAGGGGACAAUGAUUUUUAAAAUUUGAUCUGUUCUAAUGAUUCUCAAAAAGUGAUUAGAUUUAUAAUUUGGAAACUCAUCCCAAAAAUGACAAUUUAAUAAUAUCUAACUUUGAUUGUGAUAUAUUCUAUGAAUUUAAAGACUUGAAUUUAAAAUGAGAGGAUCUGCCUAAUAUAUAUUUUGUCAUUGUGUUUUUUAUUUGUAAAGACUAUUGUAAGAUAAUUUCUGACAAAUUUUUGUUAAAAAAAAUGUUAUCUAAUUGAUCUAAUAUGCAUAUAUAAAAUGUAAGUAAAAAAAAUGUAAAAUAUUUUUGUAAGAUUGCAUUCAACUUCAGUACGUACGUAAUUGUGAAAAAUAGAUCUACAUAUAUAUAUUUUUUACUGCUGCAUGUUUCAAUAAUUUUGACAGAAGGAUGUAGGAAUAUACAUAAUAUGUACCUUCACCUUUUGGCUUUGUAACAUUAAUUAUAAUUAAAGCAUAAGUAUAAUUAAGUAGGAAUAGCACUUGAUUGAUCUAAACAAUACACUGCAUGUGACAAAAUAAAGAAUAAAAAAAUUCAU